CCCCGCUUUCAUCCCCAUACUCGGCCCCCAGCUCUUCACCUGAUCCCCCAUUUUCUUUCUAUCCCCAUUCAUGUCGUCAACUCUCUAUCUCUGCUUCUACCGCUUGUCUUAGCUAUCUACAACCUGUAUGAGAGAUAGAUUGAGGAAUUAAAAAGGAAAGAGAGAGAGAAAGAGAAACAGAGAAAGGGAGGAAGAGAGAAAGAAAGAAGAGAGGAAAGAUCGAGAGACUGCACUCAAACCCCCGCAUCAGCUUUCCGUUGGCCAUCAUACCUUGCGUCGGGAAGACGGCCAUGACGCGGCGAUGAAUACCGUAUUCUCAAUUCACCGGCAGCAUCAGCCUGCCUCACGGCGCAAAUCAGUGCGAGAUCAUUCCGGACGCUUCGAAUGUUCCCAUUGCUCCAAAUCAUUUACGCGGUCAGAACAUUUGAAACGGCAUGAACGCGCCCACACCAAAGAGAGACCCUUUGCGUGUGUAUUUUGCAGAAGAGCUUUCGUUCGAAAAGAUAUUUUGUCCCGGCAUCUGAAGUCCUUCCACCCAGAUUUAGGAGGGCCUGGAGAAGAUGGUGAAAUCCAAGCCGAAGCACCAAGGUCUGCUGCACACCCGUCUUCAAUCCUGGUAGACUUCCCUACUUACCGGGACAACACCGACUCCAUUGCACAACGACGACCAUCUCAAAGUAGCGUUUCGUCAGAAAUAUAUGGAGAGAGCCCAAUAUCUGCUACAUUAGAAUCAACCCGACCAACAAACAUGACCACCGAUCCAGCCUACCAGAACUCUGCGAUACAAUUAUCGCAGCCUCAAAACCGGGUUGGUUCGGUGAGCUCGCCUUCCGACAAGUGCACACCGACUCAUAGCCCCGGAACUGUACAGAAUCGUUCGCCUCUGAACCCCUCUACUAAUACGAAUACUCAUCAAACAACCAAUUCCGAAGACGUGGGUCUUUUCUGGACAGAGAGCCACCGGCUGAUUGAUAAUGGGGAUUUUCCGUAUGAUAAUGGUGUUGGUAGCCCUAGUAUCCUUGACGAAAAUAAUUUCGACCUGCUCAGUCGACCUCCUAAUGGGCACACGAUGCCUCGGAACUCAGCAGCAACAGAUAUACAGCAUCGUUCGCCUCUGAAAACCUCUGCUACUACGAAUACUUUUCAACCUACUAGUUCCGACAAUGUGGAUAUUUUCUGGACAGAAGAACAGCGGCUAAUUGAUAAUGGCCACUUCUCAUUCGAUGAUGGUGUUGGCAGCCGUGUGAUCCUUGACAAUAAUGCAUUCGGAGAUUCUUAUAGCCCUCUUUUCAGUCCCUCGAGCGUUCUACAAUCAUUCAGAUUUCAGUCUGCAAGUAGUAAUAAUGGCCAGCUAUUGUCUGAUGCCGAGUUGUUGUCUAAGGCACCUGCAAGGGCAGAUCAGUCUCAUCCCCCAGCCUCUGUGCAAAGUUUUCCUGCCCUAGGGGAGACCAGCAACAGCCAAAACACAUCUACAUCUAGUGCUGAACAAAGACUACGGUACAUGAACGGGGAAAAUGAAAGAAGCGAUAGCUCAGAGCAAAAGAUGCCGUAUGCUGAGAAAUUGCAUACUAUAUACCCAUCGAUUUGUUCCCAUCCCGAUUCACUCCCAACAACAAACGCAUUUCUCCGGUACAUAGACUUCUACUUCAAAUAUUGCAUGCCACAGCUUCCAUUUUUACAUCAAUUAUCUUUUGAUCUCUGGACACAGCUUCCCGCCCUGACACUCUCGGUGGCAUCUAUUGGAGCGAUAUAUGCGGCCGAGCAUGAGACUGCGUUUAGCCUGCACUGCCUAUCGAAGCGUAUUUUGAAACAGUUUGAGGAAGAGACCGCAUUUUCAAAAUCGAAGACUCCUUUGGAAUAUGUACAGGCCGAAUUUCUGAAUAUGAUGUUCGCGGCAUGGAGCGGAGAUGCAAGGGGCGUUAAAUAUGCUAGCAAUCUGCAGAGUUCAGUUGUCGCAAAAGUAACCCAUUUGUUAAAGGACGCUGAGACAGAGGUUGCAAGCAAUAUCAAAUUAGGGACCUUGCCAGAUGCCUUGCACGGAUACGAAGAAGUUAAAAGACUCUUCUAUGUCGUUUACAUCGUGUCCGUUGCUUUCAGUUCUGCUUUUGGUUCUAAUCCAUUACUAUUCAACCAUGAUUGCUCAACUAUACGACUUCCAUGCGAGGAAGAUGAGUGGACCCAGCAACGGCCAGGCCCUCCCGACGCUCUAUUCACUGCGUCGAUAACGCCUAUAGUAUUCGAUGAAGCUCUGUCUAUCCUUUCAACAGGGAAGAUCCAUGAUUUUGGUUCUUUUCAAUUGCGCAUUUUAAUUGCUGCUGUUUAUUUGGAAUUCUGGCAAGCAGCUUGUCUUUCUCGGGUAGGCGACAAUGACAGCAAAAGCCCUUGGAAAGACAAGAUAAGGCAAAUGCUUCGGGCGUGGAAGGACUGCUUUCAAGAAGGAUCAGAGAGACGUAGGGCCACUGGUACGAGUGGGCAUGGGGCGCUAACAUCUGAACCCCCGCUCACAUUUGAUGCUUUGGCAUUGUAUCGACACGUUCAGGUUGAGCUUGCACUCCCAUUGCGUGUCUUUGGCUUACAGCUUCGUGAUUAUGACAUUGCGCCAGAAGCCACUGCUGGCGCCCUGUGGCAUCUUCGAAGUCAAGUACAUCGAUCUCUUGAUAUGACAGAAGCUAUGAAUUAUUGUCUGGAGACCCUUCGGAUACCUCUGAGUAAAGGGACGCAUUUCGUCGCGCGCACAGGUCCGUUAUACUGGAGCGUUGAGCAUGUUCCUCUCGGAUCUAUCUUGUGUGUAUUGCUCUGUCUUUGGACGAGUCGUUUCAACGAGGCCGAUGCCGCACCGGCUGACGAAAUGGAAGAGACCAUUUUGCGGCGAUUGAUAGACAUGUUACGUGAUGCCGGGUAUCGGCCAAAGAUUCAUAACCUCCCUUCAGUAGUCGCUGAGGUUUGGGAGACUAUGCUAAACAGCUCUUGCUACGUUUGGAAGGUUACUCCGGAAUAUGCGAAGGUGUUUAGAUCAUGUGUGCAGAUCUUUGUAAAUACUGUAUACUGAUGAUACCUACUUAAUGUGCAAUGCGGUUGGGGCCUAGCUGUGGCAUGGUUUGAGAUUGAGUGCUUGCAGGAUGCGCAAGUUGCAUACAACUCCGCUACAUGGAGAAACGAAUUUAUGGCCUGAGAUGACAACCAAAUGGGGCUAUUUAUUAGAAAGCGGGCAGGAAAUAGGAAUCCUUGGCUGCAUGGCUGAGGUUCACCAGCGUCAGAAAACCCGCGCAUCAAUCGUUUGAAAGCGCGUGUACAUUGGUUUGCAUUUGAAGAGGCGCUGACUAUAUGGAUGCAGCUUUGAUUGAAGGCUCAUGGGUCACAUUCAUUCACACAUUACAAGAUCCGUAUAAUCUCUAUGUCAGGCUCCUGUACAAUUGUGACAGCUAGGAAGAAUGAAAUUGGCAAAUAAUUGCGAGAUGAAAU